AUGACUCACAUAUCCCUUGAAGGGGAGUUGCAAAUAAUUCAAGAAAUAGCUUAUGAUUGUUACAAUGACAUGAACGAGCCGUUGUUCAGCAACAACCCCUCGCUCUCGCUGCCUACUCCUUAUACAAUUUCCGAUACCAAAAACAAGUUCAUUGUGGUUGGUUGUGAUGCUUUAGCACUAUUUCAAGGCCACCGGGGGGAUGAGAACUACACAACCGGGUGUAUGUCAAUAUGUAACGACAAUGUUGGCAGUGCUAAUGCAUCUUGCUCUGGUAUUGGGUGCUGCCAAACUUCCAUCCCUAGUGGUCUUCAGAGUCUUGGUAUGAAAGUGAGUAGUUUUUACAAUCACUCGUACAUAACAAGCCACUGCGGCUAUGCCUUGAUAGUGCAAGAAGACCAAUUCACAUACUCUGGGAAUAAAAGCAUUACAGAUCUAUUAGGCAUUGAACAGCUUCCAAUGGUUGUUAACUGGGGAAUUGGAGAUGAGCCAUGUGAUGCAGCUGAAAAGAAGCUGGAUUAUUCAUGCAAGAAAAAUAGCGAGUGUGUCAACCGGACCAUCACUAUUGGGUCUGGGUCGUCUGGUUACUUUUGCCAGUGCUUGCCAGGUUAUGAAGGGAACCCAUAUCUUCCAGAUGGUUGCCAAGAUAUUGAUGAGUGCGAGGCUAACCCCUGCAAUGGACUGAAUGGAGUAUGUCUAAAUACACCAGGGAAUUACUCUUGUUUAUGUAGCAAAGGCUACAAAAACAAUGGCCCGAAUGGAAAGUGCAUCAAAGACAAUUCCAGCAACCGUCUCCUGCUUAUAGUUCUUUCGUUGGGUAUUUCU